AUGCAAGACGACCUCCAGCGUCUGGAACUUGAAGCUAGAGACACAGAACGACGAGGCGACCUCGGCCCGGAUUUGCACGGCGAUCGCGAGCCGCCACGACCCUUACCCGGAGCCGCCGCCGCCGCCGCCACCACCACCAACCCCGACGCCGGGACCGACAUCAGGGCAUAUCAAAACAACGAUACGCGGGCCCAAAAGCUCGACAGCAUGGGGUGGGAUGCCCCCUCGUUCUCGCCCUUCCCCAAGGUCACAGGGGAUAACAUACCGCCGGCCGACGACGCCAAAGAAGAGAUUUUGUGGAAUGCGCGCAAACAUGUGCUUCACUCGCAAAAUGUCACGAUGCAGAUAAGCUGGGCUCGCGAUGUCCUCACCUGGGCAGAGGUGGCCAUGGAAGCGGCGGCCCGCGAUCCUCCCGAGAAGGCCCGGUCCGCGACCCCACGAAUCGAGCACGAGCUCCGCAUGGACGCCAUUAAUAUCAUCAGCUAUCUGGCUCGCCAGGAGCACCCAGAUGCCCUGUACAUACGCUCUAAAUGGCUCGAAUUCGGCAAGUUUGGCAACCGUGUCGACAAACGCGAAGCCUAUGGCGGCUACAAGCGGGCUGCCGAGUUGGGCAACGCACGCUCCGAGUAUCGCAUGGGCAUGCUCUUUGAGCAAUCAAACGACAUGUCCAAGGCCAAGGAACAUUACUACCGGGGCAUGAGUCUGAAGGACUCUGCGGCCAUGUACCGCAUGGGCAUGAUGAGCUUACUCGGUCAGCAUGGCGAGACCAAGGACUACCCUCGGGGCUUGGAGCGCAUCCAGCAAGCCGCCGACUCCUCCGACGAGGAUGCCCCACAAGGGUCAUACGUGUAUGGCAUGCUGGCCGGCCGGGAUCUUCCUGAUAUAGCCGUGCCCGAUGGACUGCUUCCCUACAAUCUGGAAACUGCCAAAAUGUACAUUGAAAAGGCGGCGUAUCUGGGCUUCGCCAAGGCCCAGCUCAAAAUGGGGCAGGCAUAUGAGCUCUGCCAACUCGGUUGCGAGUUCAACCCGUCCUUUUCACUCCAUUACUACGGCCUAGCAGCCAAGCAAGGACUCCCAGAGGCGGCCCUGGGUGUCAGCCGCUGGUUUCUGUUUGGUUACGAAGGCGUCUUCAAGAAGAACGAGGAGCUCGCUUUCUCUUAUGCCCAAGAAGCCGCAGCGGCCAAGCUCCCCACUGGCGAGUUUGCCAUGGGAUACUAUUACGAGAUCGGAAUCCACGUCAGCAAGAGCGUUUCGGAGGCGCGGCGGUGGUAUCAGAUUGCUGCUGAGCACGGCAACAAGGACGCCGCCGGUCGACUCGACUCGCUCAGUCAGGACAAGAGCCUAUCGAAGCAGGACCACGAAACAACGACUCUUACUCGCAUCAAGUCCCAGCACGGAUCUCAGCGAGGCAGGCGCCCGGAGCGGUUCAGGCAGCCACAGCAGAUGCCCACCCUGGACGAAGGCAACGGAACACCCACCGCCACCGAAGGGCCGGGAUACCCACCCACGACCGCGCCGAAUCCAUCCUCGACAGGACCGUCUCCUCAACCAUCCCCGGGUAUCAAGCCAACCAUCGUCUCGGAGCAUGCGACAUUUCCAGAUCCGUCGCGUGCCUCUGUGGUUGGCGCCGAGCGACAACCAGCCUUCAACAUCAGACUAGACUCGGCCGCGCCGCAGCCGGUGCGGUCGCACUCUACUGCGCCAUAUCCCGAUGAUGAACGGCCAGCACCGCUGAACGUGAUGCGCCCGCGCUCUACGGCGCCGUACCCGGAGGACGAUGUACGCGGGUAUCCAAAUUCCCAUUACAACCCACCGAUAAACCCUUCGCAGGGGCCACCGGCCGAUCGACCGAUGAGCGCAUUCGGUCUCAACACGCAAGCUGCGGGACCGCGGCCGAUGCCAGGAUCUCAGAGCACAGGAAGCCUGCAGCCUCUGGCCCAGCCGCCAUCGGCAAGGGGUCGCUUCGCAUCGGCCGGUUACGAUGCACCAGCAGGACCCGGCGCCUAUCGUCAACCGAGCCCUGGCCCCAACCCGAGCGGUCGGCCAUAUCCUAUGCACGAUGACCUGCAGGGGCGGCCGGCGAGCGCUGCGCCCUAUCCAAGCGGCGGCCCCGGCGGCAAUCGUCUUCAGAAGCAGCCACCAAGACAGCCUUACGGCAAUGGCCAGCAGCCCCUUUAUCCGCCGUCGGCGGCCGAGCCCGGACGCGAUUACGGCCCUCGGACAUCGUCUCGACCCAUGUCGGAGGCGCCACCGUCGCAUCACGAUCCUCGCAUGCCUCCUCAAGGCCACGAACGCUUUUCCAGAGUUCCCGGUGCCACCGGUCGACCUGAACGCUUGAGCUCCCUACCUCAAGAUAGCCAGAGACCCCCAAGAAUACCGACAGGACUUGGGCAGGGCGGGACUAACUCUCCGCGGCCGGGUGCGGGUCGGGUUGGAAGCGCUCCGCCAGGGCCCGGCCAGAGUCUGCCUAGCCCGGGCCUUCAACCGUCGGCGACAGCACCGGCGAAGCCGCCGCCUGCCAAGGGCCCGGCAACGUUUGAGGACAUGGGCAUCCCGCAGGGGAAGCAGGAGGGCGAUUGCGUUGUUAUGUAA